AUUCAAACUUUUAUAAAUUAUAAAGUUGGUGAACCUGAAAUCGCAUUGAAUGAAAAAUUGAUGAGCUGUGAGCUAUGAGCAUCUGCAGUGCGCGUCGUGUGUUGUGUUGUGAAUGGUGUUAUUGCAAAUAACUUUCAAUUGAAAGUUUGCUAUUUGGCCUAUUAUUCAUGGCUACGAAAAUGUUUUGUGCAUAACACUUAAAAUCAAUGUACGUUGUAAUUCUUAAAUAUAAAUGAAAAGAAACUGCAUUUCAUUAGAAUAAAAGUCGUUUAUUUGCGACAACAUAUAGUUGUAUCAUUCGUUGAGCGGGAACCGUUGAAUAUUACACAAUGGCAGAUUUCGAUGCAAUAUAUGAAGAAGAAGAAGAAAAUGAACAAAAUUUAGAAGAACAUUACGUGACAAUGGUGCCAGAUCCUAUAAUUAUUCGUGGAGCUGGCAAUAUGACCGUAUUUGGACUUAGUAAUCGUUUUGAAUCAGAAUUUCCAAAUGGUUUAGUGUCACGUGUUGCUCCAGAAGAAUUUAAAGCAACUGUUAUGAGAAUAAACAGUGUAUUAAAAAAAACAUUACCAGUUAAUGUUAAAUGGUUAUUUUGUGGUUGCGUUUGCUGUUGCUGUACUUUAGGUUGUUCUCUUUGGCCAGUUAUUUGUUUGAGUAAAAGAACACAACAUUCAUUAAACAAAUUAUUAGAAUGGGAAAAUAGUAGACUAUAUCAUAAACUUGGGUUACAUUGGAGAUUGGCAAAACAGAGAUGUGAUAGUUCAUCCAUGAUGGAAUAUGUUCUUUUAAUUGAAUUUAUUCCAAAAAUACCCAUAUAUAAACCUGAUUAAAGAAAAGAUCUGGAUUCUCAUAUGACUUAUGCACAUAAAAAAUUAGUGCAAACUCUAAGAUAUGAAAAGCCAAUAGUUUCUGGCUUAAUUUUAAAAUAAGAAAAUGUAAAAUGUCACUAAAUGACAUUUGUGGGAUGCUUAUUUUUGUAAAUAUUAUAUGUAGGAUUGCACAGUACAAUAAUGAGAUAUAAAUGCGGAACAUUUAUCAUAUAACAGUUAUCAUAAUCUUAUAAAAUUUAUUUUACCAAGUAUAAAAUGACAACAACUUAUAUAUUCAUUUUUUAUAAAAGAGAUAGCUUUGCUUUUAAUUUUGAAUUAUUUAUAAAAAAAUAUCAACAAAUAUUUAUGAGUUUGCACAGAAAAAACCAAAAAACGGGAUUAUUAUGAAUAUUUAAAAAGUACUGCUUAAUAUUUAGUUUACUAGUUUACUAGUCAUUAAAACAUAUUUUUGUCCUUUUAUUAAUAAUUUCUUAAAACCUAAUAAUUUCUAAACUUUCAAUUAGGUAUUAAGCUUUCAGGUAAGAAAUUAAUCUGAUACAGUACAACGAAUGGAUUUUAAAAUAUUUGUGAUUUGAGAACGAAUAAUAACUAUCAGAAGUUCUCAUAUAAUUACAAAGUGCAAAAUCUACAAAUAUCAGUUUAUUUAUAUAUGCAAUAUGAGCACUUAUUUUCUUUAUAGGUUGAUUUCUUACCAAGGUGAUAUUAGAAAAUAUAAUACAUAUAUAUUUUACUUUUUGACAUAAAUUUAAGAUAGCAAAAAUAUAGUUGCUAUCAAAAGAUAAUGAUAUUAUUUUCAGUUGAAAUAUAAAUUGUUUUGAAC